AUUCUAGGCAGACACAUGGCCAUCCAGCCCACAGAGGGCGAGGAAGUGUCUCUGCUCAUGUUGUUUGUGAUGAACCAGCACAUCUUGAACCAUUGCCUUUGCCUCAGCCCUAGUCUGUGUCUGCAGCUUCCUGAUUUACUGGGUAGCAGACGCUGUGUAGAACCGACGCUGCUUUCUCUCAGUGUGAGCCUCCCACAGCCACGAUGUUGCACGCAAAUCUUUAAAAUAAAAUCCAGUGCAAUUAAAGUCAUUGUUGCAAUCGUCUUUGGUUUGGGAUGUGUCUCAACGUCUCAUGUGGACCGGUCACAGAAAGCUGAGAGCCGCUCGCUGGCCACGUUUUCCUGGGCUAACUGUGGGAGUGAGUCGGCACCUGCUGUCCUUGAGGCUCUUUCAAUUCAACCUGAUCCAAUCGUACUUCCUGGGGACCUUCAGGCCAGUGCAACAGGUUCCUCCAGCGUUAUUCUUACAACACCUCUAACGGCUAAUGUAACGUUGUAUAAGGAAGUUGGAGUGUGGGUGAAAAUUCCGUGUAUUGAUGAGAUUGGAAGCUGCACGUACAAUGAUGUCUGUGAACUGCUGAACAUGUUGGUCCCUCCUGGACAGUCCUGCCCCGAACCACUGUUUACAUACGGCCUCCCAUGUCACUGUCCCUUUAAAGCGGGUAAGUACUCUCUGCCAAAUACCAACUUCAACAUCCCUUAUGUUGAAUUUCCGUACUGGAUGACCAAUGGGAACUACAAGGCUAAGGUAAUGCUGAGCAGCAACGGAGAUGAGCUGGCAUGUGUCAAACUCACCUUCUCCCUGAAGAGUGACUGAUCAGAUCAAACCUGCAUCUUUCCUGGUCAUAUACUGCAGCUGCUUGGAACCACAGAACAAGAAAUAACAAAUUGCCUCCAUCUGCUUAGUUUUGCAAGUGCAAUCAUGUCUGAAAAACUAAUGUUCAUUUUUUCCCACUGUGAUCUGCUGCCACAAAAACACUAUAUCAGUUUAUCAUAUGUUGCUUCUUUUCUUUUCAUCCAGUGAGUUUCUUUCAGCGUGUAAAAAAGGGAGUAGUUAAGAGAACAAUCUGUCCCAGUCUCAGAGUAAAGUCACAAGUGCUGAGGUGUGUGACUAUCAUGUCCCAGAUAUUGAUCCAGUGAGUAAGCUCCUGUACUGAGAAACAUUCCUCUCUCUGGAGGGUGGGUGCGUCUCCUCUUAAUUUACUAAUUCUGUCCAAAAUAUAAAUGUGGCGAAAACUCUCUCUUACGCACAGAAAGCACACACACUUCAUCUAAUGGGAAUCUUCUUAUCAGUUGUCAUCUUUAUUCUGAUUUCUUCUUCAAUGUCCUAAGACCAUGAUGAGCUAUAAAUAGGAACAUUGAUAAUUUCGAACGGGUGGUUUCUGUGUUGCAAAAUCUGUAUUGAAAUCCUCAGGUUAUCAGAUCCAUUUGAAAUAGAUUUGCCAUUAUUGGUCUCCUCUUACAAACGUCAUUAUUCAAGAUUUGGGUUAAAUUCCAUACGGACAGUAGGCAGGGUACAGAUGAAGAGAGAGUAUUCUAAACGCACAGCAUUCUUAUCUUCUUCUUCUUCUUGCGUAUGGCAUGCACAGCCUAAAGUUGUAAGACAACUUGUUCUGUUUGAUCUUCUGUUUGUGCACGCCAGGUUGAUUGCAUUCGUUGAAACAGGGUGGACCACGUGAAGGUUGCAGUCUCCCAGCAUCACAAGCAUAACAUUCUUAUGAUGUUCUGCAUUACACUAGUGCUGCUCCAAAUUUGAACAGAGACCUGGCAAAAUCAAAAAGCUAGUCUCAGUAAUACGGUUUUCCUUAUUCUAUUCAUCAGAGGAACAAUUGUUGAUUGUAUUGAUGGACUACAACCCUCACAUUCCAGUCAGUAAUUGCUUCUUAUGCUAAAGGAUAAUAGAGUAUCAUUCAUUUAACUAUUAAACAACUAACCCAAUUGCUGCAAAUUUACAGCCUGAAGUGGACGCACUGCAUGCCAACAGAAAUAGUCUCAAGAACAAUUAGCAGGCAUCAAUAAUUUACUUCACACCAACCCAGCAGAUAAGUGGAGAGCUGCCUGCCAACUUUGCAUGUGCCUUGGGCAAACUUCAAAGAUCUCCCAUUCUUUCUAUUUGAUGUGUACCACAGUGAACCACAGUGACCACAGCUAGAAUAGUGAGAUACAGAGACAGGCCAUUUCCCCACCGUCUGGGUGUCGGCCAAACUGCCUCUCAGUUAAUCUCGCUUCUCCUUUCACCAUAUUUGUACAAUUCUUUAGUUCAAGUUGGGGAUCCAAAUCGCUUUUGAAAGUCGCUGCUGAAUAUAUAUCAUCAUCCUCUCCAGACGUGGGUUGCAAGUUACUAUCAUUUAUUUUUUAAACCUCCAUCUAGCGUCCAGUUCAUUUGUCAAUCAACUCAUUCUUUCCCUCUGGUUACUAACUAAUCUGCUGAUGAAAAGCCUUAGAAUUAAAUUAUUCUGUUUAAUAUUAAAAUGUUUACAAUAUUUACAUCAUUCUCAGUUCUGCAUUUACAAUUGUAAUUGAUUGUAAUCAUGUUUUGUCUUUCUGCUGACUGGUUAGCACGCAACAAAAUACAUGUUCACUGUACCUUGGUACACGUGACAAUAAGCUAAACUCAACUCAACU